GACGUAUUGAGGUAUAUCACUUUUCGAUUUGUACAGCCCAGUGAUUACCAAGCAGAAUUUCUGCCAAUUUGUUGGGAUAAGACCAGUUUCAGCAUCAGCUCCACGGACUCUCUGUGAUGCCAUUUGCUGAUCGUACGAACUUUUUGUGGCAUGACCACCACUCGCGGUCACUGAUGUCUGACUCGGCUUUCUGACGGAUCUAUAAGCAUCAGAUAUUCGGUCAGAAUAGGAUCUCUUGAUGGAUGCUAG